AUGUCUCCUCAAAUAGCUGCACUUGGUCCAUAUGCUGCUGUGGUCAUUGCUGAUCAUCUUUGUCCCUUCACAGUUCCAGUCAGUCAGCAGACAGAGCUGUUUCCACUGCCUGUGCUGGCAGCCAGCCCUUCUCUGCCCACUGAAGGGACUCCAGUGACCCUAACCUGUGAGACAACACUCCAUCUACAAAGGUCAGAUACUGAGCUCCAAUACUGCUUCUUAAGAGAAGGCCUUGGUCAAAUAAUCAAAUAUUCAUUGAUCACAAUGUGUGACUUAGCAGUGUGCCAGCAAGCUUCCUGCCUCCAAAUGCUGAUCUGCUGGGAUUGCAAUACACCUAGAAGUGAUAUAGUGCUACAGCUCAUGGGAGCAAAUGAAGUACAAGAAAAAGGCAGAAAGCAGAGAGUGUCCAUUGCUAAUGUAAGCUUAGAGACCCAAACCCCUGGAGGGCAGGUGAUUGAAGGAGGGAAGCUGGUUUUCCUCUACUUGGUGUCUGGGACCACAGGAACCAUCACAUUCUCCUGGCACAGAGAAGACACAAAAAACAAUAUGGGAAAGAAGACUCAGAAUUCCCUGUCAGCAGAACUAGAGAUCCUGGUUGUAAAAGAGAGUGAUGCUGGCAAAUAUGAUUGUAGGGCUGACGACAGCCAUGGUUCCAUUCAGAGUGAGGUGAACAUUACCAUAGGAAGGGAGUUGCACUAUCAUUCGUCUUAG